GGUCAUCACUUCUCUUGUCUUGCAGGAAUUGUCACAGACUCCGGAACGUGUAGAUUUUUGGCAUCAACAGGAUUUGUGAAAGAUAUUUCGGGAAUGACAAUGGAAGAAGUUGCUGAAGGCUAUCUCAACGAGCUUAUUAAUAGAAGCUUGGUCCAAUCAAUAUACCUUGGGGAACUUGCAGCAUACAAAUCGUUUUCCUCAACUCCGUUCAUUACUCAUGUUUGGGUGGAAAAACCUAUAUCCAAGUCGUUGAAUCCUAUAUUAUUCAUUGGUGGGGUUACGUUGUUAAAGGUUUUGGAUCUGAGGGGUGCUUCUUUGGAGAUACUUCUAGAUGAAGUUGGCAAACUAUUUCAUCUCAGGUAUUUAAGCUUGAGGAAAACAAGGGUUAUAACACUUCCGAAAUCCAUAGGUAAACUUGAAAACCUUGAAACUUUGGAUCUCAAAAACAUCUAUGUAACUGAGUUGCCUGUUCAGACCUUAAAGCUCCAGCGUCUUCGUCAUCUCUUGGUGUACCGUGACUUUAAAGCAAUAGUGGGAAUAGAAGGUUUGUCUUCCUUACAAAAACUGUGUUAUAUUGAAGCCAACCGUGAGAAUGGUAGAAUUGUAAUGGGAGAGCUAGGGAGACUGACCCAGCUGAGGAGAUUGGGGAUUAGGGAGUUGAGAAGGGAGGAUGGGAAGGAUUUGUGCUCCUCUUUUGAAAAGCUGAGUAACCUUCAAUCAUUGAACGUUUUUUCUGUAAAAGAGGAGCAGAUUGUUGAUUUUUUAACACUUGUCCUCUCCUCCUGGGUCUCUUCAACGGCUCUAUUUGUGGGGACGUUUAGAAAAUUUGCCGCAUUGGAUAACUUCUCUUCAUAACCUGGUGAGAUUGCGGCUUGCGUACAGCAAGUUAAGGGAUGAUCCAUUGCAAUCCCUUCAAGAAAUUGCGUAUAGCAACUUCUCUAUUUCUGAUAGAAAUUUUACUUUUUGAGGCUUACCAAGGGGAGGAAUUGUUUAUCGAAGCGACAGGGUUUCAGAAGCUUAAGAUAUUAAAGCUUUACCACUUAGAAGGAUUGAGGAGGGUGAGAAUGGAGAAGGGAUCAUUGCCUCAUCUUGAAAAGCUGAUUAUUAGGAACUGUAAGUUGGUGGAAGAGGUACCCACACCCACUGGCAUUCAACAAAUAUUUAUCAGAUAAAUUGAAAAUGACACUGGAUCGAGACAAACAGGGUGGGGAUUAUUGGAAAAUAGCACACAUCCUCAACAUUCAUAUAUCUUGAACUUUCCUGGAUAGUCGUUGGGAAGGAGAUUCUGUAGAGAGAGAGAUGGAGAAGAGUCCUUGCAAAGUUGAGAUCAUUAGUAUUGAUCAGGAUAACUGAUUCGGAGUAUUCCUGGAAGGCAGUUGGGAAGGAAAUUAUAUAGAGAGAGAAAUGGAGAAGAGUCCUUGCAAACUUCUUGUUGAGAUCAUCACUAUCUAAUGUUUUUAUUUUAUUUUUAUGAUUAAGUUGUUGUAUAUUGUGUUACAUUAUACAAUUUAUUAUGUUUGGAGGAGAGUAGUACAAGCAACAACAUUUCAUUUAUUGUGUUUUUGGAAAAUGCAAAGUUGUUGUUGAGAUCAUCACCUACUGUUCUGAGUUUAUAUUUAUUCAUUGUUAAUUUUUAUGUAAUGCAUUUCAUUUUAUAGAGACAAUGUAUAAAAAAAGUCAAAUUCAAGAACUUGGACUCCAACAAUACUAAUAAGGUUGUCCAAUUGUGUAAUCUGGAUAAAUAAAAUG